AUGAUUACGGUGAGAAAGGUUGGAAGGCUUCGUAUUGCAGUUCUUUAGAGACACCCCCUCCUACAACUCCUUUUUUGGUAUGCACAUAUUUGCUUAGUUUCCUUGAUGAGUAAAAAAGUUGUUAUUGUUUCUUUGCUGUAAAUGGUCUUGCAGUUUACAACUCACACAAUAAUUCCACCAUUUUUUAAACCAUUAUACUGUUCAUUUGUUAUAUAAUGUAUGCUUGUGUCAUGUUCAAGGCUACUCCUCCCCUCCUUUUUUCCUUUUAAUGGCCUCUUAAUGGGUAUCAGUUUCUUAAUUUUAGACUGAUUAAGAUACGAUCUUUUAAAAGAGGUGUUUGUAUCUUCAAUGUGUUUAGAGAUGGAGGCACAUUUUAUUUGGUCAGCACUCCAUUAAGGGGAAUUUGUGGACAAAAUUACUCUCUACAAACUAGUAAAACUAUGAUAAAAAACACUACACGUCAUGAAUGUCUAGUGUAUUGCCCUAAAUAUUGUGGAAGCUUCAUGUUUCUAGUUGUGGAGGGUUUUAUGACUAGCCCCUACAUCCUUGAUGGCCAAUCAUGGAGGGCUUUUUUCUUUUUUUAGUCAAGAAAAAGUUUUAGAUUUUAGAAUAAUUUUUUUUUGUCUUUAAAAAUUAUAUUCUUUAUAUUUUAAAAUUUUCUUAAAUAUACUUCAGAUACAAUAUUUUUACUGAAAUAAUUUUCUUUUAAGUUCAGCAACUGUUUGGUUUUUUACAAUUUUUUUUAUUUCUGAACAGUUUUUGUUUUUAGCGAUUCAGAGGGUUAAAUGGACAAUAUAGACACAUUUAGAAGUCACAGAUUUAGAAUCUGAGAUGAGUUCAAGUUUCAUUCAGGACCCAGUUCGCUGCAUUCAGAAGUUCAUUCCAUAUUCAGCACUUAAUGUUUAAUUUUAUUAAAUGAUACCUUUGUUGUAGUCAUAAGGAUACUUUCCCUUUCAUGGGUUAUUGAGUUUCCAGCAGCAGACAAUGUUAGCAAUUGAAUGCUCGUUUGCUCUUGUAUCCCAAGGUAUAUCAAUCCUUUCAAUUAAUUUUAUUCCUCCCUCCCUCUCUUCCCCUCUCUCUCUCUCUCUCUCUCUCUCUCUGUUGUUAUUCUGCACAUUGGGCUGUUACUAUUGAGAUACUUAAAGUUGUUGAAAUAUCAAAUGUAUUGUUAUAUUAAUUUCCUUCACAUGCAUGAGAUGGCGGAAGUCUCAUGUUACUCAAUUACAAAAUUUCACAAUUGGUGCCUGGAAUGGUUUUGAGAAGGCUACCGUUUUGCAAGCUACGCAUAAGGGAUUCCUCGCUAUCCGUCCCCCUACGCACCUAUGGUUCGGCCUGGUUUCCCUCCGCGCCCACUUGGUGCUGUUGGGGUGUUGCCUACCCUGCCACGACCUCCUAUUCCAGGGAUUCGUGGUCCAAUAAUCCCUGCUGUUGUUAGGCCAGCUGUUGUUCCUAUCAUUACACCAGCGGAGACGCCACAAACAACAGUUUAUGUAGGCAAGAUAGCGCCAACAGUUGAAAAUGAUUUUAUGCUUUCUCUCCUUCGUCUUUGUGGACCUGUCAAGAGUUGGAAGCGUGCUCAAAAUCCCACGGAUGGAACUCCAUUGGGCUUUGCAUUCUGUGAAUUCGAGUCUGCUGAAGGGGUUCUUCGUGCAUUACGCCUGUUGACUAAACUUAAUAUUGAUGGGCAAGAAUUGGUGCUAAAUGUUAAUGAAGCAACAAAAGAGUAUCUAAAACGUUAUGUUGAGAAAAAAACUGAAAACUCAAAGAAACCAAAAGAAACUGAAGCAGAAGGGGAUGAUAAGAUGGAAGAAAGUGGAUCAGCUGUUGAGAAGAAUGAUCCUUCGAAGCCUUCUGCCGAGGACUCAAAGAUGGAAGUUGAUGAUUCAAGAAACAAAGAAAAUAAUGACAGUGCCAACUUUGGGAUUGUUACUGACGAGGACAAGGAAGCUGAUCGAGAGGCUUUGGAAAAACUUACUAGCAUGAUAGAAGAGAGGUUGAAGACUAAACCUCUUUCUAUGCCACCAACACAAGGGGCUGUUGAUGGUUCUGGGAGCUCAAACCUGGAAACGAACGCCAAAUCAAGGGAUGGGGACUCUGAUGUUGAUAUAAUAAGAAGUGAUGCAGCAGAGGAUAAGAACGAUGAUGAAACAACAAGUGAAACCAAACCUACGACUGAGCAAGACAAGCCUGAAGCAAGUUCACCUGACCGGAGUCGGAGGCAUGAUAGGAGUAGCAGAGAUAGGGACAGAGAGCGAGAUUUCAAACGGGAAAAGGAGAGGGAACUUGAAAGAUAUGAGAGAGAAAGGGAGAGAGAGCGAGUUAGGAGGGAGAGAGAGAGAGAAUUGAAGAUCCGGGAGGCCGAGCAAUUAUACAAAGAGCGUGUUAAGGAUUGGGAAAUUAGAGAAAGAGAAAAAGACUAUCAACGGCAGCAUGAGAAGGAGAGAGAGAAGGAAAGGCAACACCAGCGGAGGAAGGAAAUCAGGGAUCAAGAGAGGGAUAGCGAUGAUGAUGAUGACGAUUCAAGAAAAAGGAGGCGCAGAUUAGAGGAGAAGAGAAGGAAGAGGCUGCGGGAGAAGGGGGAAGACUUGGCUGACAGAUUAAAAGAGGAGGAAGAAAUUGCUGAGGCCAAGAGGAGGGCUGAAGAGGAACAAAGACUGCAGCAACAGAAAGAUGAACUGAAGCAUGUGGCUAGUCAGGGAAUGAAUGGAGAGGAAAAAGAUAUGCCAGCUGAAGAAACUGUCGUUGAAACCAAGGAUGAGGCUGUUGAACAUGCCUAUAAUGAGGGUGAUUCUGGUCUUGGAAACCAUAUUGGCGAUGGUAUUCUACAAAAUGGUAAUGGUGAGGAAUCAACAGUUGCAUCAGAUAUUCGUCAGAGUAGCAAUGCUCCUGCUAGGAAGUUGGGUUUUGGUUUGGUAGGAUCUGGAAAGCGAACUGCUGUUCCUUCCGUUUUCCAUGAAGAGGAGGAUGAUGACGCACAUAAGGAGAAAAAGAUGAGGCCUUUAGUUCCUAUUGAUUAUUCUACUGAGGAACUGCAGGCUGUACAACCGAAUAAUUCUGGGGCAGCACCGCCAAAUUUGGCUGCAGCUGCUGAAUUUGCAAAGCGUAUCUCCAAUGUCAAUCCCAAAGACGAGAAGCCUGAUGGAGAAAGGGAAAGAAGUAAACGUUUUCAUGAUAGGUCCAGGGAUAGAGACCGGAAUGAUGAUGAUACUAAUCGUGCCAGGGAUGAGAACAGAGAGAGAACUCUUGAGCGGGAUAGGGAUCGGGAACAUGGAGUUGAUAAACCGAAGUCAUCAGAUAACAAGAACUACUUGGAUAAAAAACAGUUGAUUGAUAUGAUCCCCAGGACCAGGGAGGAAUUAUUCUCAUACGAGAUAGACUGGUCCAUAUAUGACAAGCACGGGUUGCAUGAAAGAAUGAGACCCUGGAUUUCAAAGAAGAUUACGGAGUUUCUAGGGGAGGAGGAAACCACUCUGGUGGAUUACAUUGUGACUAGUACUCAAAACCAUGUGAAGGCAUCCCAAAUGCUGGAGCUGCUUCAGUCCAUCUUAGAUGAUGAAGCCGAAAUGUUUGUGCUCAAGAUGUGGAGGAUGCUCAUCUUUGAAAUCAAGAAAGUAGAGACAGGUCUCUCUUUGAGGCCAAAAACCUGAUCAGGCAUGUCUGUUCCUUCGAUCCUGCUUGGCUGAGGUUGCUUUCAUUCUAUUUUUCACGGCAUUGCUUCCAUGUCACUCUCUGUUAUGAUGUAGAGAACAAGAGAACAUUAGAAUGCUAUAAAUGCUCCUCCUUGGUAACCAGAAACAACCGAACCCAUUUUUUGUGCCAGUCUUGUGUGCUUUUUAUCAAUCCCAAUUAAUACACAAGCUCAACAGGAGGAGCUUGAUUUGAAAUGGUUGCUUUUAUGCGUCUUUACAGGGAAGGAAUGGAUGGAUGGGUGUGCAAGGUUUGUUAGCAGGGUCAAGUCUGCAGUCUCCAGGCACCCUAUGGCAUCCAAAAGGUCUAACAACGGGCUGGCCCUUUGAAAGCGGGAGGCUCUUUGGAGUGUACUCCCUUGGUGCAAUUGCACUCUAUGGGAUAUGCAUAUUGGUUCUUGAAUUGUGGUACCUUUGCUGCAUUCCAUUAGUCCAUGGUGUUUUUUCUUUCUGACCGCGAACAUGAACAAUGCUAUUCUAUCCACUCAAUCUUGGUCCGGUGGGUGCCUUGGAUUGGUUCCUUUGCUGCAGUGCAUUCCAUUAGUCCAUACAGCGUUUCUAUUUUUGAAGGUUAACAUGAACAAUGCUAUUGUAUACAUUCAAUCUCCGUUUAUCAGUGGUUCUGUACGCAGGCUUAGUGGUGGAUGAUGUAUUAUGGCCAGAUUGGUUUUUAAGUUUUGAUGGUGGAAUAAUGGUUAUAAUGAAUUUUAUGUCAUGGAUUGUCAAA